AACAAUGAUUCGUCAGGUGACACUUCUGGCCAUAUGUGUGCAGGUCAUCACAUUCAAUGUGGUGCACACAGCGAAGCAGCAAGUCGCACUCUCUGACUCCUACCUACCCGUCGCCAUGCAAGUCAUCGCCCACCUCACCGACCAAAUGGCCUUCGAGGCGCGCGACGAGCCCAAAACGACGACCAGUCGACCGACCAAGUCGACCAGUCGGCCGACCGGUAGGCCGAUGACGACGGGCAGACCGACGGCGAGGCCGGACGCGGUGUAUGUCAAUACGUAUCCGUUCAACAGGCCGGGUGCCACUAGGCAGCAAACAACACCAUACCACAAGCCCGGCCUCUACGCCCCCCUCGCGCCCCCCAAACCCAACGACCGCACUUACCUCCUCCCCCCCAACCAAAACGCCCCAUACACAGUCAUCCAGCCACAGAAAACCAACACGAACGAGCCUCUACUCUCUAUACAUGAAGAAGAAGUGAAGCCACUAAUCGAACCGAGUCCAGAGUCGCAUCUUCUUCCACCGCAUUUUGAAGCUGAUGUCGAUAAGAUAUCACGCUCAGAUAGUUUGAUGCUUGAUGAUUGGGAAGAGAAUCUCCAGUAUUUAUCACCAAGUGUAAGGGAGAUGAUUAAACUGGCGAAUGAUCCUGAUGAUGAGAGGUUGAUCGAGGAUGUGAGGGCUGGGCCUCAGGGGAAUAAAGGAGGGUCGAAGCUGAGUGCCUCGAAUUUGAGGUUGCUGCUGUUGUAUGAUCUUCUAAGCAGGGAGGCAAAGCGGCAGAGGCUUUCGGAUUAUUAUGGCUUCUCCCCCGACGUCCUCCAAACCCUCUCCGAGUCCGCCGACGGCGGCGCGCGCGCGCAGCUCCGCCUAGCUUUAUCCAAUAUGGUGGAACGUAAAGACUGUCAGCACGAAUACGCCAACAACAGGGCGCGCGAGAUGGUCGACGAGCUGGCGAGGGACGAGUCGAAACUGUCGAGUGAGAUACGGUAUCUGCAGCCGCUGGUGUAUAACAGGCUUUAG